AUGUUGGGGGUAAAGAAAGGCUCCUUAGGCGCGACUUUGGGCCCAAACUCGCAAUCUCAAAGCAACAAAAACAAAGCUACCACUACUGCCCCUGUUGCGUCGACUGGGGCCAGCAGGCCUACCACAAAGAAAAUAGCGGACCCUAAUAUGACAGAUGGGCGAUUGCUGGUCAAUCGAAGAUGCAUCUAUGAGCGCAAACUUCCUGGCGACGCCUACGUCACUGCACAUGCAGAACGUCUACAACAUGGUUUCUUCAGCAGCAAGAGCACCUCCGACCCAGAAAUCCCCCAUGUCGACUUUCUCGCUGUCAACUUUGUGUUGCAUCCUGGUGAUUCGGGCAAACAUCGAUUCAAAUCUGCAACGAUCAAGGUGACGAUUCAAAAUUCUCCUCUAGGCCCUAGUACUGAAAAUCCAUAUCCAUAUCCACAAGAGAACCCCAAAUUCUUAAUGCACGCGCCUCAUCUGAUCUAUGGCGCCGUUUCUCCCGAAACCUUGCAAUGGACAUUCAGCUUGGCGGGAUCUCUGGGUAUAUCUGAAAGCCCAGUUUCUGCCUCACUUAGCCCGUCAGGUACAAAAAGCGCAUCAUAUAAGAUCUACGAGAUGAUGAAGAUUCAAGGUUCAUGUCGGACUUUGAGGAGUCGCGACGGGCCGGAAUUUGAUGUGGAAGAUGGUGAAGUCGUCUGGUCACUUAGCGAGAAUAAUCUUCAGAGAUCUGGUUUGCCCAGGGAGUUCACUUUCGUGAUGCUGAUCCAAAAACCAAGCGCCGAGACCAAAAUUGCCUUCAAACUCGACAUCGAUCCAGUGAUUGACGCUUGGUAUGGAAAGUACCCAGCUUGGUGGAUUAAUAGACCAAACUAUCAACCAUUACACAAACGGGCCGUCAAUUUUCGGGCAGAGUUUGGACAACGCUUUACGCCUGUCAAUGACGUAGAGAAAGGCUUCAAUUUUGCUACUUUGGCACAAUCACUAGAUGAUUACGUGAAUAUGCCAGGUAGUACCUACUCGUCAAAUGUGUCUCCUGACGGGGUUUAUAACGAUCCUAAUGGCACGAAUAUAUCCAAUCCGGGGAAUCCACCACAGUCAUCGCUUCCUUCCGGUGAUAACAGCAAUAGCAAUGACUCGCAACCAAUCUAUAUCCCGGAAUUCCCCCAAUACCCAGGAUAUCCCCAGUACCAGUAUCCUCCGUCUCAGCCAACGUACUACCCUUCUUACCAAAACACAGGUCGGGUCUGGCCAGCCAGUUCGCCAUUUCAACGCGGAUGGCCGCGCGGUGAACCUUACUAUGGAGGAGGGCCUGUUGGUAACGAUGGCAACAAUACAGAAAGUACUAUCAACGUCAGGAUUUCUCUAGAUAGCGCUAUUGCGUCGAACAUCGUGGCUGCCACUCUGGGAACACCAAUUCGACGUCCCUCCCCUUUCUUGAAAGCUUCAAGUAACUCGGAUUCAUCACCGCUGUCCAAGGCACCGCAAUCUAAUGGAGCCUCGACGAUGAGAACAAAAUCCUUACGGCGAACCAAAUCUCGUGAUAGAUUGGACAGACUUUCUUCCAGCCCGAGGUCGCUAGUCAACACAGAUCCUUCGAAACAUGAAUCCUUCUAUCAGAAGCAAUCGGAUCAUCUGAAUUAUAGAAAUACAGUAACUGAUCAUACAUCAAACGGCUUGGUAGCUAGUCCACAGCUCGAUUCACCAACAAUGUACGAAAUCAACGACACCCCGCCCCCUAAUAGCAUCCGAGACCCUACCAUUGUCAACGGGCAUGGCCUAGAUACCCCAUCCAAGUCUACGAAUUAUGAUGGACUCGCAAAUGGGCUCAAGCAAUACACGCCUCUCACAAAUGGCGUCCAGAGCACUACGCCCCCUUCAAGCGGUAUACAACGCAUGCGCAAUGGUUUGAACACCGGCCACAUCCGUCGACGGUCUACUUCCUAUGCACGGAAUGGAUUUCAAAACCAGUACAAUCGCUAUUCUUAUCCUAUAGUAUCAACCGAAGAUGAGCCGGAGAUGUUUUAG